UUAUUUAUAUAAUAUUUAUUUUGCUAUUGUAUAAUCCCUUCCAGAGUCAUGAGACAAACGACAGUUUUAGACGUUUGAUGAUAACAUGUGCAGUUUCAUCAGAGGUGGCAUUCUGGCCGAGGGUAGCCUGGUUUGGGCAGCAGCCCGGGGCCUGGACCAUGAGGCCAGGCACAUCCUUGAAUACGGGCUUCACUCUGGGCCACUCCCAGGCAUCAACACGCAAGAUUCCAGCGGCAGGACGGCAGUCAGCUAUUUUGCUGGAAACGGCUCUUUGGAUCUUCUAGAUGCGUUGUUGGAAAUCCCGAAAGUAAAUUUCAACUUGGCCGACAAUGAGGGCAACACGCCACUCCAUUUUGCCGCUCAAGCAGGCCAGGUAGAGGUUGUGAGCCUUCUCUUAGACAGAGUCGAGGAGAUAGAAGUCGAUGCCAGGAACAUUUUAGGAUUCACACCGCUCAUGAAAGCAGCAAUCCAAGGACGGACGAAAUGUGCCAAACUACUUCUUUUUGCAGGUGCUUCACCAACAGUUAGAGAUCAUGGAAGAGGUCUGAGGGCAGAGGAGUGGGCGAGGUACUGUGGGAGGUAUAGCUGCGCUGAGAUGAUCGAAAGGCACAGCAGGAGUAAGCUGCUUGAGAAAGGCACCAGCAGCGGUAGAUGGGGAAGCGAUCCUUCUCUAGGCCCGCAGGUGAUCGGAGGAGUAUUGUUCCCACCGUCUACACUGCCACCGGUGACAACAGGCAGAGGGCUCGCGUCAAAGCUGAAGAAGGUCCUCAGGCCCAAGACCCAGAGCUACAACCUGGUGACACACAUCACUUCCGCAGCGUUCUGUGCCUCGACCCCAGCCCUUCCGGCGCCCGCCAAAGUACCUCCGAUUGUCAAAACUCUCAUCAGGCCUCUGACUGUACCGAAACUCCAAGUGACUUCUCCAAACGAUAUCCACUCAUAUACAGAACUCAAACCAAAAAAGUAAUACACAAUUUUUAACAUCCUAGAAGCAUAUUAUUUAAAGACAUUUAUAAGCGAAGCCUUGAUUUUUGUUAAAUUGUUCUAUGGAUCAUUAAACAGAUAUAUCCUACUAUAUAACUUCAAACAGAAUUAUUUAAUGUAUAUAAUUAUUCUAUUGUGAGCUUUCUUAUUAAUGAAUAACCCGAAAAAACUGUGAUUUAUAACUGUAGAAAAAAAUUAAAUUCUAACAAUAGAGAGAAAAAAUUUAAAUAUUUAUAGAAAUUUUUAUAUUGGUUAUUUUGAAAAAUUUUAAUCUAAAAACAGGCAUAAAAAUUAAAAUGAAGAACAUCAAUAUGACAAGGCUGAAAUGAGCAUUUAUAAAAUGUAUCACUUGUUAUUCAAUUAUAUGUUUAAAAUAAUUACAUUUAUCGCAUAAAACAGUUUAUAGGGUACAAACAAAAUGGUACUUUUCCCUGAAUAAAAACAACAAUUACGUUGGUGAAAAACAUCUCCUAGAAAGUAUUAUAUCACUUGUAAAUACAGCAGACUCUCAUUAUCUACUUGGGAUAUGUACCAAGCAUCACCGAGGAUAACGAAAAUCAUGAAUAAUGGGAAACACUUUGAAUUUCGGGCUUUGAAGAAAUUUUUUUCUAUCUGCAUAUCAAUCACUUUCUGUAUCGCGUGACUGUCGUCAAUGCGAUGUAUGAACUUAUGCAUUCAUAUUUCAAGGGUUUUUUUUUCCAAAAAAAAAAAAAACCAAUGUAAGGUAUAUGUCAUGCAGGAAAACAAUAGAAGAUAAUAAUAACAAUAACACCUCCCUUCUAAGCAAAAUAUAUUACGCCCUAAUACAAUCACAAAUUCAAUACGCCUUGGUAUGCUGAGGGGUGCAUAUUAAAAUGCAAAAAAAACUUAUACAGAAAAAAAAUUCAUGCUUUUUAAAUAUAAAUUGGAACACUCUGCCACUCUUCUUCAAAUACCACAUUUUGCCUUUAACAAAAUGAGAGGUUGUUUUUUAACAAAGGCGGAAAUUAUAUCGACAAAUAUAAAAAUAAUUAAAUAUGAUAUGAGAUGUCCUAUGAAUAUCGUGUUGCCCUAACCAAAAUUAAAUUAUGUUGAAUUUUUUUUCGCUAUGUAGGCCCUAAGUGGUUCCAUACGGUUCCUAAUAAGAUCAAAUGUGAAGUAAAUUUCAAAACAUAUUCUAAAAAAGUCAAGAGUUGGCUAUUUGAGUAUGUAGUUAAAAACAAAAAUUAAUGCCUACUAUUUAAAAAUGAAAAUUCUUUGUUUUCUUCAUAUUUGUUUAUUCUAUUCUUACAAGUUGUAACUAUUAUUAUUACUUUUUUUUGUAUCUCUAUGAUUAAUAAUGUUAUGAUCCCCAUUUACUAGUUUUUCCCUCAACAUUUAUUUAUUUUAUUUAUUUUUAUUUAUUCUUGUUCUUUUGUGGUGAAACUACCACAAAUUAAUUAUUUUUAUAUUUGUCGAUAAAUUUCCACCUUGAUUAAACUACCACUAUCAAAGAUUGAACAUCAAUAAAACCUUUAGAUCAAAUUGUUCAUUAGUUUAUUUGAUGUUUAUUUAAUUAAAUUAAUCUAAUAAAAUUAUUAAAAAAUGCAAUAUAAAUAAAAGAAAAUAAAUUUAAUUUAUUUAUUAAAAUAAACAUUUGGGGAACUAAAGGCAUUAUUGAUAUUCAGCCUUUGAUUAAUUUUAUCUAUUUUUGUUGUAUUAUGUAUUAGAGUAAUAAGUUGGUGAAAAAAAUAGGUAUGCACGACAUCGAAACAAAUAAAAAAAAAAAAAAUGUCAGGGACUGAAAAAUGAUAAAACUCAACUAAGGGGGUAACCGCGGAUGACUGAAAGUGCGAAUAAUGAAAGCAUGGAUAACGAGAGUUUAGUCAACGUUUUGCUGGGGAAUAGUGCGGGUAAAGCAAAUAA